AAGAACGAAUGGCUAUGCUUGAACUGCCAAACUCAGCGGCUGCUCGAAGGCAGCCUCGGCGACCCUGCCCCAAUGCCGCUGCCUACACCAAAGCAAAUGCCCACUGGCUCCCCAGGCCACCAGCCACCAGCUGCCGGCCAGCAGCAGAGAGUGCCCGCACCAGCGCCCGCUGAGCCGGCGGCACCCCCUGAGCAGCAGCACUCUCCUGCAAGGAGCCUCUGGGCUGCUGAGCAAAGCAAGACCCCAAGCCCUGCGCCGGCAGAGAAGAAGCCCUCAGCACCAGCAGAGGAAAAGCCACUGCCCAAAUCUGCCCCAGAGCCUUCCAGAGCUCCUGAGAGUGCCACUCCAAAGGGGAGGGCACCCCCCGAGGCACCGCGGGCAAAGGAGCAGGAGGAUGGGAGCAAGCCUUAUCCCCCAGACCUGUCCCGCAGCCCCCAGAGCCUAAGUGACACCGGCUACUCCUCUGACGGCAUCUCUAGCUCGCAGAGUGAGAUCACCGGCCUGGUGCAGCAGGAGGAAGAGAAGCUGAGCGGCACUGGGCUGGCUGGGCAAAGCCCCCCCAGCCCCUCCGAGCUCACCAAGCUGGAGAGCAGCAUGCGGCCCCUCCUGGAAGGCCAGGGUGCCCCAGAGCCCACCGAGCGCAGCAAGGGUGGCCCGGAGCCACAGGAGGAGCAGCAGCAACGGUACCUCUCCAUCACCCCUGAAGCCUUCGACUCGGAUGAGGAGCUGGAGGACAUUCUGGAGGAGGAUGAGGACUCAACGGAGUGGGAGAACCAACGGGAGCGGCAGGAGAGUGCAGAGUCCUCGGAUGAGUUCGGCAGCAAGCUGCGGCAUGACUAUGUGGAGGACAGCAGUGAGGGGGGCUUCUCCCCAGUGCCCCCCCGGCCCAAGGGCCAGGAGGCAGAAGCAGGCGAUGAGGAGUUCAUGCGAAGGCAGAUCCUGGAGAUGAGUGCAGAGGAGGACAACCUCGAGGAGGAGGAGGAGGAGGAAGGCUACGGGCACACCAAGUACAGCAUCCCCAAAGCCGGGCAGAAGGCCGAGGCAGAGAAGGGCAAAGAGCCAGCAUUGGCCAAGAGGCGCCUGCCACACGGCCCCAGCAGCCUGUACAAGGAGGAGAGGAAGGACCUGGAGGUGGUGGAGGGCGACGACUUGAGCACAGCCCAGGGUGGGCUGCGGCGUUUCAAGACUAUCGAGUUGAACAGCACGACCAACUAUGGCCGGGAGACGGAGAUGGGCCAGGAGGCAGAUGGCAGCCUGGACCGGGAGCCCGAGCUGGAGAUGGAAAGCCUGACGGGCUCCCCCGGGGAGCGCUCCCGGGGCGAGUACUCCUCCACCCUGCCAGCCACGACACCCAGUUACACCUCAGGCACCUCGCCUACCUCCAUCUCCUCCUUGGAGGAGGACAGCGACAGCAGUCCCAGCCGCCGGCAGCGGCUGGGAAAAAAAGCUCGCCACCGCUCGCAUGGCCCCUUGCUGCCCACCAUUGAGGACUCGUCUGAGGAGGAGGAGCUGCGGGAGGAAGAGGAGCUGUUGCGGGAGCAGGAGAAGAUGCGGGAGGUGGAGCAGCAGCGCAUCCGGAGCACAGCACGCAAGACCAAGCGUGACAAGGAGGAGCUGAGGGCCCAGAGGAGGAGGGAGCGCUCCAAAACACCCCCCAGCAACCUCUCUCCCAUCGAGGACGCCUCCCCCACUGAGGAGCUGCGGCAGGCAGCAGAAAUGGAGGAGCUGCACCGCUCCUCCUGCUCUGAGUACUCACCCUCCAUCGACUCAGAGGCUGAGAGCUUUGACGCCAUGACCUCCAAGCUGUACAAGUCAGGCAGCGAGUACAACCUGCCCACCUUCAUGUCACUGUACUCCCCGACAGAGAAGGAGGAGAGCGGCCCCAGCCAGCCUGCCAGCAAGCCCCUCAAAAGCGCUGAGGAAGCAUACGAGGAGAUGAUGAGGAAGGCAGAGAUGAUGCAGAAGCAGCAGGUCCAGCAGGCCCAGACGGCUGUUUCCUACAGCAGUGCCUACCAACAGGUUGGCUACCGUGGCACCGAGGGCCAGAACGGCUUUGAGUACCAGUAUGCCAAGGAGUACCGGUACGAAAGUGGCUCCACACGCCCCUCCCAGCCCAGCUAUCCAAGCACCCUGCCAAAGGCAGGAGCAGUGUACGAGGAGAUCCUGCAGACUUCGCAGAACAUCUCCAGGAUGCACCAGUCGUCCUCCUUCGACCUGGCCCUCGAACCAGGAGAGAAGGCAAAGGGGCAGGAGGAGGCAUACCAGGAGAAGUGCUUCCUCAAUGCCGAGAGCGCCUACGCUGACCUGAUGAAGCAGAAUGGUGGUCCGCUCACCCCUGGCACCAGCCCCACACAGCUCUCAGCUCCUGUCUCCUUUGCCACCUCCGACAGCAGUGCAGGCAAGGCCAUUCCCGAUGUCCGGGUCACCCAGCAUUUUGCAAAAGAGGGGCAAGACCUAGCCAAGCUCCAAAGCACCCCAGCAGCACCUGGCCCAGUGUCCAAGGCUCCUGCCACUCCUUACACCCACAGCAAGGGCGCCAGCACAGUGAUGACAGCGGCAGGUGGCCCUGUGAGUGUGCCACGGAGCUACAGCUCCGCAGCUCCAGAGGCCCCAUCCAUAGCUGGCAGAAGCUACAGCCCGGUGAAGAGCACCAUCAGCUAUGGCUCGCAGACAGAGGAUGCCAGCAGAAGCAAGGUAGCAGUGGAGAUCAGCAUGCAGACAGUCAGGGAGAAGAUCCUGGCUGCGAGUGACAGCAAGCCCCCACCACCCAAGACAUACCCCUUCUUCAAGAGCUCCAGCCCUCCGCUCUCACCCACCUCCCCCACACAGAGUCCCACCCAUUCCACAAAGGCCACGGCAGAGUUUUCCACGCAGACGCAGAGCCCCCUCCUCCCCUAUGAGUGUCCCACUGCCGCUGCUGCUGGCCCCGCCACAUCUUCCCCCAUGGUGGCGCCGGGGACCCAGGCGGGCUCACCGCGCCUGGCCCGACAGCAUUCCUCGCAGGAUGUCCCCUUCAUGCUGAUCACGCUGGCGGCCGAUGCAGCCCGCCCAAACCAGCUGGCCAGCUCCACCUCCUUUCAGUCCCCCACCUCAUGUGCCUACAUCAGGGCACAGCCAGUGAAGGAGCACGCCCAGAAGGCACCUGCCGUGACUUCAGCUGCUGAUGGCAUUGCCGGGCUGUACAGCUGGGGAGCGCUCCCGGCAGAAAACAUCUCCCUCUGCCGCAUCUCCUCCAUUCCUGGCACAUCCCGGGUCGAGCCAGGGCCCAAGGUGCCGAGCACUAAUGCCAUGGACUUACGGACAGCACUGAAGUCUGCCCCCAUCAUCAUAACAGACCAAGGCAUGGAUCUCACCUCCUUGGCCACUGAGGCCAGGAAGUACUGCCUGACCUUGGACCACAUUCCGAGCCGGCAGUCCACGGCCAUCCAGCCCUUGAUCAUCAACCUCAACGCCCAGGAGCAGCCCCACACCAUCAUUGCAGCAGCCAGCACCGCUGGCCUGGCCAUCGCCUCCCCUGUGCUCCUCUCGCAGCCCAAGCAGCCCGUGGUCUACGGAGACCCUUUCCAGAGCCGGGUGGACUUUGGGCAGGGGACUGGGAGCCCGGUGUGCUUGGCACAGGUGAAGCAGGUGGAGCAGGGCAUCCAGACGGCCACUGUCAGAGCCAGUGGGGCGGCCAGCGCCAAGCCCGAGCCUGCUGCUGCCCCCCAGACCAAGUUUGCGAGGUACAGUGUGCCAGGCCAGAUAGUAAAGGAGGAUGUGCUCAUCACGCAGACUGGCGGGGCGCAGAACAUCAGUGGCCUCCCGCAGCCUUUCCCGCCAGAUCCAGGCUCAGAGCUGUACCGGGCAGUGCCAGUGGAGGUGAAGAGCCAGGGCCCUCUCCUUGCCCUGGGCGGCAAGAAGUCCCAGGUGAUGAUGGUGCAGAUGGAGGAGGCGGCAGCCAGCCCAGUGACCAAAGUGCUGAAGGAAGAGCCACCAACCAAUGUGCUGGACCUCACGGGCGUGAAGCCAGAGAGCCAAGUGGCCUGCUGUGACGUCGUCUACAAAUUCCCCUUUGGUGGCAGCUGUACUGGCACGUUCAACCCCACCUCCAAGAUUCCAGAGAAGAAAGCCAGGGAGGUGGUGGUGCCUGGCCGGAAAGCCAGCGGGCCCCUCUACAGCAGCAGAGAGACAGAGCUGCCAGAGACCUUCCCCUACCGGGAGCAGCCGGCCCCAGCGCCUGCGCUUUAUGAGGAGCAGAAGUUUUACCCUGCUGGCACCUUUGGCCGCCUCUACUCCUCCAUGUCAGACACAAACCUCUCUGAAAUCGGGAUGAGCUACUACCCCACGAGGGGGGAUCAGCCCUUCCCCUCCCCAGCAGGUGAUGCCGCUGUGGACCUCAGCACCAUGAAGCACUCCUACAGCGUGGGCUUCGCCGAAGGGGGUUACCUGAGCCAGGGGCUGCAGUACGGCUCCUUCUCUGACCUCCGCCAGCCAGCAGAGCUGCUAGGCCACCCGCUCCCCAUGCGGAGGUACAGCUCAGUCUCCAACAUUUACUCCGACUACCGCUUCUCACCCCGGGGGGACCUGGCCAGCUUCCAGGAGUCCAGCCUGGCCCACUACAGUGCCACUACAGCACGCGAGAUCAGCCGCAUGUGUGCUGCCCUCAACUCCAUGGACCAGUAUGGGGGCCGGCAUGUGAAUGGCCCCGACCUGCUGCCCUAUGGCCCCGGCACCAGGCCAGGGAGCACAGGGGGGCUGGCAGCUCAGCAGCAGGGCCCCGCACCCCCCAAACCCAGCGGGAUGUACAACCCCACCUUC